UGUGUUUUCUUUCCUUUUUAGAAUUUGUGGAAGCAUGAUGUGGGAUGGAUAAACAACAACAAAACUCUACUAUGGCCUCUAAUGACCCUGACCUUCCUGACCCCUGUGCUGACCCCCAGCCUGGCGACCUCAUUGAGAUCUUCAGACCGGCCUAUCAGCACUGGGCUCUCUAUCUGGGAGAUGGUUACAUCAUCAACUUAACUCCUGUUGAUGAGAGCCCGGCAGCCGCCAUGUCCAGUGUGAAGUCCGUCUUCAGCCGGAAGGCCGUGGUGCGCAUGCAGCUGCUGAAGGAGGUGGUGGGAAGCGACUCGUACCGCGUCAACAACAAGUACGACCACAACCACACACCCCUGCCCGUCUGUGAGAUCAUCCAGAGAGCGCAAGUCCUCAUUGGCCAGGAGGUGUCCUACGACCUGCUGGGGAGCACUUGCGAGCACUUUGUUACCCUUCUGCGCUACGGGGAGGGGGUGUCCGAGCAGGCUACACGGGCCAUUGGGGCCAUCAGUUUGGUGACGGCAGCAGCCAGCGCCUUCUCCGUCCUGGGGCUGAUCAACACGCGAUCCAGAAACAGGCCUUUCUGA